GCGCAUGCGCAUUUCCAUUUUCUGUUCUACGAAAGAAAACAAGGAACUGCGGUCACUGAGAGCAGACCGAAGCAAAAAGUGCCGUCCUUCAGUCUCUGUGGUGUGUAACAGUGUCGAGUCCAGCUCUGCAGCUCUGCCAUGGCGAUCGACUGGCUUGGAUUUGGUUAUGCUGCAGCCAUAGCCCUCGGAGGAUUUAUGGGAUACAAGAGAAAAGCCAGUGUGAUGUCCCUAAUAGCCGGCUUGUUUUUUGGUGGAUUGUCUGCUUAUGGUGCCUACAACAUCUCUAAUGACCCCAGCGACAUCAAGGUCUCUCUGCUCGCCUCGGGACUCCUCACAGUCGUGAUGGGAAUGAGAUUCAGGAAAUCAGGAAAAUUAUUGCCCGCUGGGAUUAUGGCAGGACUAAGUUUGCUGAUGGUUUUAAGGCUCAUCCUGCUGAUCAUAAUGUGACGGAGAGACCACACCAUCCAAGACGAGGUGACUCUACGAGGGAAAGAAAAAACGUCUGAGUGCACUACUGGUCUGCCUCUGAAGGAGCCAGCCUUGUUUCAGAGGAUGUGGGGCUCCCAGCCGCCACAUGAAAGCAGCUCUGUUGUUUUCUAUGAUAACUUGUGUAUCCUGCGACUUCACCAAAUGUUUGGAAACGUCAGUUGGUAAAUUUGAUUUCCUUUGAUGUGCUUUUGUUAAUUACACUGUUUACUCAUUAUGUACAGAGAUGAGGCGCUUAAAUGUUAAUGUCAUGACUUGAAAUCCUUU